AUGAAGUUCAGCAGUGCUGCUACCAUCAUCGCCGCCCUGGCCGGCAGCGCCCUCGCCAUGCAGAGCGAGGGUGCCAAGCCCAUGGACAUGAACAUGGCCAAGGAGAACGGCAUGCCCGCCACCGACAGCAAGUACGACUCCAAGAGCAUGCUCGGCCUCAUGAUGAAGGCCGGCGCGGGCGAGCCCAUGGAGGAGCACGAGAAGCGACAGCUCGACGCCCUCACCAAGCUCCUGGGCGUCAUCAACAAGCGCAUGGAGAUGACCGACAUGGAGAAGCGCCAGCUCGGCGGACUCGGCGGCCUUCUCGGGGGACUCGGCGGCCUCACCGGCCAGCAGCAGCCGUCCCCUCCUGCCGCUGACGACGAGCUCCCCGGUGGCCUCCCCGGCGACGACUCCGCCAGCGGCCUGCCCGGUGGUCCCGCUGCCCCCGUUGGCGGUGCUGCUGGCGGUUCCCCCGUCGGCGGCGCCCCGGUCGGCGGCUCUCCCGUUGGUGGACUGAUGAAGCGACAGGGCAACCUUGACGGCGUUGGCGGUGCCGGUGCCGGCGGUGGUGUCUUCGGUGACGACCUCCUCGGCGGCGCGGGCUCUCUCGGCGACGACUCCGGCGCUGGAGCUGGCGGCGGCGUCAUCGACGGCAGCCCCUUCGGCGGUGCUGGCUUGGGCCACAUCGGUGGUGGUGACGACGACGAGGACUGGAAGGCCAAGCGCAACUCUGCUCCCCGGCCCAUGAGCGACAUGGAGAUGGUCAAGCGACAGCUCGACAUCGUCACCGGUCUCCUCGGCGGCCUUCUCGGCGGCGGCGGUGGCGGUGCUUAA